UUCCACCGUUUCAUCAGCCACAUGGAAUCAGAAAAUCAAACAUGUGUUUCAGAAUUUAUCCUCCUGGGUGUCUCAGAAGAUGUAUUACUACAGCCCCUCCUCUUUGGACUGUUUUUGUCCAUGUAUCUGGUCACGUUCAUUGGGAACCUGCUCAUCAUCCUGGCCAUUAUCAUGGACUCCCACCUCCACACGCCCAUGUACUUCUUUCUCUCCAAUCUCUCUUUGGCAGACAUCUGUUUCAUCUCCACCACCAUCCCUAAGAUGCUACUGAACAUCCAGACACAGAGCAAAGUCAUUACCUAUGCAGGAUGCAUCACCCAGUUGUACUUUUUCAUGCUUUUUGGAGAUCUGGACAACUUCCUCCUGACUGUGAUGGCCUAUGACCGGUUUGUGGCCAUCUGUCACCCCCUCCACUACACGAUCAUCAUGAACCCCCGCCUCUGUGGGCUCCUGCUUCUGGCAUCCUGGAUCAUGACUGCCCUGCACUCAUUGUUACAGAGCUUAAUGGUUUUGCGACUCUCUUUUUGUGAAGAGUUGGAAAUCCCUCACUUUUUCUGUGAACUUAAUCAGCUAAUCCAUCUUGCUCGUUCUGAUACUUUUCUCAACGAUUUGGUGAUGUAUUUUGCUAUUGGCCUUGUAGCUAUUGUUCCACUCACAGGGAUCCUCUUCUCUUACUCUAAGAUUGUAACCUCUAUUUUCAGAAUUUCAUCAGCUGGAGGCAAGUACAAAGCAUUUUCUACAUGUGGGUCUCACCUCUCAGUUGUCUCCUUGUUCUAUGGCACAGGCCUUGGGGUGUAUCUGAGUUCUGCUGCUGCACAAAACUCCAGGGCCAGUGCCAUAGCCUCAGUCAUGUACACAGUAGUCACCCCCAUGCUGAACCCUUUUAUCUAUAGUCUAAAAAACAAAGACAUAAAGCAAGCCCUUAAAAAGCUCUUCAGCCAAGAAACGUUCUCUACAUAGGGGUAUUAUUUGUAUGAAGACAGAGACUUGAUCGUGAGUAACAAUGCUCAAAACCCCACAGGACCUAAGUCAUGAUAAUGUUAUAAGCUCACAGAAUGGUAAUCUGCAGUUUAUGUUAUCUCAAGGGUUCAGCCUCUUUAAUUUUUCAUACAUGAUAAGUAACUUUCUUCUGUAUUUUAUUUAAAACUUUGAUCUCUCAUAUUUUGGGAGGUCAGUGUGGGAAAUAGAAUCCAGUGCAUGAGUUUUCAGCAGCAAAUAUAUGUAAUACAGGUUUAGUACUUACAAUAUUAUAGGAAGAGCUAGAGGAAUAAAUGUGUAAUGCUUCCUGUGCCAGAUGAGAGCAGCUGCCCUCCAAGAAAAUUCUGCUCUCAAAGAAAAUCUACUUGACAUAUCAAAGGCUAUAUACCAAUCACUAAAGUUUGUGUGAAUCCACUUUAGAAAUUGAACACAUUGCAGAACAGAAGGAACUGGAGUCACCAUUGGGUAAAGUCUACAAUAAUCCACAUUCACUCUCUAAGAUCUAAUUUUCUUCUGCACCAUCUAAAACAUGAGUCUGGCACAACAGAAAUGACAGCCCUUGACAUUCAAGAAUUAUAGUGUCAUUGAUCUUUGGAAUUUCCCCAGGGAUGCGUUGCUAUUCUUAACAUUUUUAUAGGCAAGAACACUAUCAGAGGAUCUAUUUUGCUCCCUCUUAACGUAAUGUCCCUUUCUCAGAUUAUAAAAGCAUUGUGGGUAUUUUGCCAAAUUCCAUCUAUGACUUUUCCAUCUCUUGAUGUCAGAAAUUAGGUCAUACUAACAAGAUACAGUUAUGGACCUGAAAUACGCUUUGUGAAACAUAAUGAGGCUAAUACUUUAUCAUCACCUGACCCAGAAGUGACAUCACUAAUUUGUAUGCUAUAGUGGUAAUUUCCUAUUUCAGACUCCCUACUUCACAAUUUUCUGAUAAAUUUCCACAGGAAAGAAGGAAGGGAAAGAAAGAAAGAAAUGAAAGGUAGGAAAAUGCCUAAUUACAUUAUUUGCCAAUUUCUAUAGUAUAAAUCUCUCACUUUGGCUAACUUUAAGCUACCCAUGUGACUUUUACCCAACAAAGUGGGAUGAGACAUGCACAGUCACACCUCAUAACCCAUUAGGAACCAGCUCCAGCACAUAAACAUCUUUGUGUAAAGUCAGGAGAAAAAUAAAGAGCAUUAGUCUGUUGCAGUUUUAAUGUUUUUUC